GAAGAACGCUAGAAAGACGAGUGAGUUCACUUCACAUCUUCAGCCAGAAAAGAAGUGAGACACAACAAUGGAGCGUUGGUCAGGUCGUGUUGCCGUGGUAACAGGAGCCAGUGCUGGGAUAGGAGCGGCCAUCGCCCAGGAACUCGUCAAGAAAGGGCUCAAAGUGGUCGGACUGGCGCGCAGAGUGGACAGAGUUGAGGAGUUAUCAGCAGCUCUCUCUUCCGAAUCAGGAAAAUUAUUCCCGUUAAAAUGUGACAUCAUAAGAGAAACAGAUAUUAAGGAUGCCUUCAAAUGGAUCAAAUCCAACUUAGGUGGAGUGGACAUAUUGGUUAACAACGCUGGAGUUGCUAGCGAGAACAGUUUAAUGAGGGGUCCGGUGGACAGCUGGAGAAGUAUCUUGGAACUGAAUGUGUUAGCACUGAGCGUCUGCACUAAAGAAGCUAUCCAGUCCAUGCAGGAACGAUCAGUUAAUGACGGACAUAUUAUUCACAUGAACAGUGUUUCAGGUCACACAAUGCCUCCUACCAUUUUUCCCAUCUACAUGUACGCUGCGUCAAAGAAUGCAGUUACAAUAUUAACGGAAGGACUUCGUCGUGAGCUGGUUGAACAGAACUCAAACAUAAGGGUCACUAGCAUUAGCCCAGGCCUGGUGAAGACAGAGAUACUUGACGUAUCACGAAAUGCUAUUUGUUCCGAAUCCGUUUAUCGUAAUUAUGCUCACCUUGAGGCAAAGGACGUCGCUGAAGCCGUGUUGUACGUGCUGGGAACCCCUCCACACGUUCAGGUUCACGAGCUGAUAAUCAAACCAAGUGGAGAGAUUAGUUAACGAGCACUGCCAAAGUAUAAAUUCUGUGGAGUGAUAAAUCUGAUCUAUAUUUUAAGCUAUUUUAAUUAAUUAAUAUAUUGCAUCAAGGGAUCGACAAGUCCCUCUCACCGGUCAACAUGUCUACAGACAAAUUCGUCGGAAUAUUAAAAAGAAAUAUCACGUCAUCACUAAAAUGCAUAUUCUAGGUAUGGGCCAGAUUGUGGUGGACUGGACUGGACUGGAUUGCUUUCAUGCAGUAUUUGCAAGUAUAUCCAGACGGCGUGUUAUUUGCAUUGCAGGAGAUUUUUAAUACACAUAAAUUGAGUUAUUAUUGUAAACACAACAUUUAUACAAAAGUAAUCAAUGUAUGUUUUAAUAAAGCUAUAUAAUAUACAGGAA